AUGAUCAUGCUUGUUCGUUUCUUAUUGUUUAUGUAUUUGGCAGUCCAAAUAAUUCACGGAAAAACUGAUGAAGAAAUAAGGGUUUGGUUUUUCCGCCAAGCCUUGGAAUGCAACAAGGACCAUCCUGUGGCAAGGGAAGAAAUGCAAAUGCUACAAGAGUACAAAGUACCGGACACCAAAAAUUCUAAAUGUUUGAUGGCGUGCGUGUUUCAAAAAACUAAUUUUAUGAAUAAUAAGGGUAUGUUUGAUGUGGAAGGUGCAGCAGCUCAAGCUAUGAACGAUUAUGAAGGAGAUACAACAAAGAUUGAAAAUUCUAAAAAACUUAUGGAAAUCUGCAGUAAAGUAAACUCCGAAGCAGUUACCGACGGUGAAGCUGGGUGUGAAAGAGCAUAUCUUCUUUUCCAAUGCUUUAACGAAAACGCUCCUCAGCUGGGAUUCACGAUACACACAAAGACAUAA